AUGUGGCAAGUAAUUCUAGGGGCAGCCAUUGCUGGAUCCACUGGUCUUGUAGCCAAACGCUUCUUCAACCCUUUCUCUCGACACUCUCGCCUUCCCGAGGAUCACGCUGAAGAGCAGGAGCCCGUCACUCCUCCCGUCGGUAUCGGAUUUCUCGACUCUCCUUGCUACAAAACCAAUGGCGUUUUCCGGUUUAAUAGUUCCGGGUCUACCGGAAACUCAGGGUCCGGAUCCGGGUCGUCUCACGAGUUUAAGAAUAGCUCAGGGGUGAAAUGCAAGGUUAGGAUUCGUGGAUUGAGGAAGAAGAAGAAGCAAAAUAGUGGUGAGGGUCAUGAGAUCGAGAAGCGAUCUGGAAAUGUCGGUGAUGUUAAACCGAGGAGCGAUGUUUGCUUGAAAAAGGCGAGAACUUUGUGUGCUCCUUCAAAACGUGGGUCAUGUUAUAAUACUCAAGAUCAUUCCGCUUUCAGCUCGGCACUCGGUGUCUGCAUGAUGUAUAUGAUGUCAGCAGAGAAAGGUGAAAUCAGUAAGCUGAAUGCAGCAGCAGAAGAAACUGCCAGAGUCAUCCGGGAGCUAAAAGAUGAACUCUCUAGGAUAAAAUCUCUACAGGGUUUCAAACUUCUUGGUUGUGCAGCGGUUUCUGAGAAGUCCAGUGGGAGAUAUGGUCAGGUAGAUCUCAAUACAUCAGAGAUGGCGAGCAGAGAAUCUCUCGGCAUUAAGUCAGGCAAUGAUGGAGAAUAUGCUAGCAGCGUCCUAACGGAGGAGCCAGAACAAGAGGCGGUGGAAAUGGAACAGUUAGAGAUGGAGCUUGAAUCUGAGCUGCAGAAGCUGAAUUUGGCUAAGACAAGCGAGGUUAUGGAGGAAUGUAAGGAUGUGGUGAAUGGUUCUGAGUCAUACCAAUGUGGUGGAGUAUCGGCAUCAGAGCUGGACAAGAAACUAAGCCGCCUUCUCAUCGAACAACAAGAAGGCCAGAUCGAUGAGCUUGAAGCCGAACUGCAAACGACGCAGUCUAAACUCCAAGAGAAGGAAGCCGAACUCCAAGCGCUCAAGGUCUGCGUUAGACGCCUCACGGAGUUUCCUCUCUUGGACCGUUCAGAUGACGAACAUGAACAAGACAUGGACCAGGACCUCUCAGUCUCAUGGAACCAACGUAGCCAAACUGAUAAAGAGGAAAGAAGGCCGAUCGUUGGGAUGAAAAGACCUAUGGAGUCAUGA